AUGUCUGGUGUUUGGGUUUUCAAGAAUGGUGUUGUUCGACUAGUUGAAAAUCCUGGUGACUGUCAUGGCCGGAAAAUGCUAAUCCAUGUCUCGUCUAACGACAUUAUUACAUCUUAUGCUAUUCUCGAAAGAAAAUUAUCAUCACUCGGAUGGGAGAGGUACUAUGAUGAUCCUAGCCUUCUUCAGUUCCACAAGAGAUCAACAGUCCAUCUCAUCUCUCUUCCCAAAGAUUUCAACAAGUUCAAGUCCAUACACAUGUACGAUAUCGUUGUUAAGAAUCGCAAUGAAUUCCAAGUUAGGGACAUGUAA